GUGAAAUUUCGUGAUCUCAUAAAUUUAUUUAACCCUUCUGCACAAAUUGGGUCAAAAUGACCCAAAUUUAAGAAACAAACGCGUAUUACCAUGCCUUAGGAUGGCUAAUUGCUUAUAAAACCAUUUUGAUAUCCUCAGUCUGAGUCUUAUGGUGAGUUGUACGUACACAUUUUUUUUCCAGGACGAGCCAGUUUUAUUACAUAAUUUUUUAAAAACUUUUCGUACGCGUAUACAAUUUGUGGGUCAUUUUGACCACCAAGAAAAUUUUUGCUCAAAUGUGACUAAACAAAAAAAGCGUGCUAGUGCUCAUUUGUGAAUUUUGCGGUGCCUAGUGAUAACGGUAUUGAACUUUAUUUUCUGAUUUUUUUUUAUGCUAUGUAUGUACGUAUGUAUAUAGUUGGUGAAUUUUGUUUUGCUCUGGGAUAACUGUAUUCUACUACAUACAGCAAACAUACGUACAAGCUUAUGAAAAUGUUGUCAGUUGUGUGAUUUAUUUGAACUGUGAAGACGCUCGUGUAGACAAUUUUUUUGCUCAGUGAUAUGCGAAUGUAAAAAUCUGUGCCAUUAAAAUGCAGCGAAGAAACCAGAUUCUAUCACGGCAAAGAAUUGAAGAAAUUUUCAAUGAUGAUGACGAGUCACUUGAUGAAGCGUCUGAUGAAGAUCAAGAUUUUCGAUGUGAUGAAUCUGAAAUAAAUGAGUCUGAUAUAUCUACAGAUUCUUUUGAUAGCGUUGAAAGUCUUAGCAGAGAAACACAAGGAAAUAAGGAAUGUUUUCCUGCAAAAGAUGGUACGAUUGUUUGGUAUAAAGAUCCUCAACAAAUGCAAUGCAGCAGAAUGCGACAAGAAUGCAUUCUUUCAAAUAAACCAGGCCCUUCACAACACGCACGUUCCUUGGUUGCUAGCAUAAAAGGUGCUUUCGAUUUAUUCAUUUCACUAGAACUGAAACAAAUUAUUGUUGAAAUGACCAACCUCAAGGGCGUGCAGUUAUAUGAAAGUAAGUGGGAGAUCAUUGAUAUAAUGGAACUGGAAGCAUACUUUGGGCUGCAGAUCAUGGCUGGUGUUUCCAAGUCUAACGGGGAAAGCUUGAGAUGCUUAUGGGAUGAAACAAAUGGAAGACCCAUAUUCCGCGCUGUUAUGCAUAUUGAAAGAUUUAUGCAAAUUUCACGAUGCCUCCGUUUUGAUAGCCAUGAAGAUAGGGAAACCAGACGGUUACGUGAUAAGCUAGCUCCAAUAAGAAAUAUUUGGGACAAAUGGAGCAAAAAUCUUAAACUGAUGUAUAAUCCAAAUGAAAAUGUGACCGUCGAUGAGCAGCUGGUACCUUUUCGUGGAAGAUACUGUUUUAGACAGUACAUACCUUCCAAACCUGCCAAAUAUGGCAUAAAAAUAUGGGCUCUUUGCGAUUCCAAGUCCAACUACGCAUGGAAUAUGGAUGUCUAUCUAGGAAGGGCCAGAAAUACUCAGCCAGAAAAGAAUCAAGGUAAAAGCUAUCAACAUGAGAAAAAUAGCGGUGAAACAAAUAAUACAAAAAUAUUUUCUUUAGGUGAAAAUGUAGUUAUAAAUCUCACACGCAAUUUGGGGAGAGGUUAUACCGUCACGUGUGACAACUUUUUUACAACCUACAAUUUGGCUGUCGAAUUGCUACGACGUAAAAUAACGGUAGUAGGAACAGUUAGAAAGAACAAGAAGUUUCUUCCCCUCCAAGAUAUUGACGUCAGGAAAAAACCAGAGUAUUAUUCGGAAUUCUUUUUCACACAAAAUGUGACUGUUGUGAGCUAUAUGCCAAAGAAAUACAAAUUCGUUGUUGCAAUGAGUACUCUUCAUCAUUCGGCAGAGACUAGGGCUGAUCAGAAAAAGAAACCAGAAAUAAUACAUCACUAUAAUGCGACUAAAGCAGGUGUUGAUGCGCUGGACCAAUUAGUAGCAACGUACACAUGUAAACGCCAAACGAAACGAUGGCCAGUUGCACUCUUUUCCAAUAUGGUCGAUGUUUCGGGAUAUAACGCAUAUGUUAUAUGGACCGAACUUAAUCCCGAAUGGAACAGAAAUAAAAACUUUAAGCGGCGAUUAUUUUUAGUAGACUUGGCCACAUCUUUGGUAACUCCGCACAUUGCACGCCGAAAGCGAAUGCCCUAUGGUCCUUCUGCAAAAAGAGUUGUGGAAAACAUCCAGGAAGCAGUCGCAGCAGACACUCCCAGUUUAUCCACGGUCGUGCAGCCUCAAGAUUCUCCAUUAUGCUUCUUGGGUAAGAGGCAAAGGUGUUUUUAUUGUCCACAUACUAAAAACUCCAACAAGCAUUCAGUUCGUUGCGAUAAAUGCUUGAAAUUUAUAUGCAAACAACAUAGUGUAAAGGCAGUUAUAUGUAUAAAUUGUCAGAAUUGAUGUAUUUUUUACUGAGUCCUAUUGAAAACAAUUUUGAAUUUGUUAAUUUUAUGUUUGAAUAAUAAAAAAAAUGAGUUUGCCAUUAUAAUUUUAACAUACUGACGUGUUUUUGCUAUUGGGUCAUAUUGACCCACAAAUUGUUUAUGAGGGGUACAAUCUCAAUUUGUGCAG